AUUACUGUAAGUACUGCUUAUGUACGACGAAGGUGAAAUUAUCGUUAACUUGCGAGAAGAAAUACUUCGUGACAGUUGCCUGAAAGAUUUAAAAGAAGUGAAGAAAAUCGACGAGAAUAAAAAAUGAAUAAUCCCAUGCAAAUGCAACCUGGCUACAUACAACAACAGCCAAUGCCACAGCCUGGCUUCAUGCAACAACAGCCAAUGCCACAGCCUGGAUUCAUGCAACAGCAAAGCACUAACAACACAACUGUUGUGGUACAGCAGCAACCUCAGCAAGUUGUUAUCCAAGGUCAACGUAAUUGGAGCACUGGAUUAUGCGGAUGCUUUGAAGAUGUUGGAGGAUGUUUAUUUGCCCUUUUUUGCCCGCUCAUUCACUCUUGUGUUGUGAGUGGCAAAGCUGGUGAAUGUUGUUGUGUUGCUUGCUGUUGUCCUAUUGCUCUGAGAACCAAGAUCAGAAUAAGGCAUAAUAUUGCAGGAAGUAUAGUUGAUGAUUGCUGUAUUCUGGCGUGUUGUGGUCCUCUUGCCGCGUGUCAAAUGGAUCGAGAAUUAAAUAUUCAUGGCAUUUAGAUUGAGGAACUUUCAACUUUUAAAAUGAUUCAAUGUGAUGUAACAACUUCUCUAUAUAGCAUUUGUAUCUUGAGACUUUGUAUGGCUUUUAUCGUUUGUAAUAUCAUAUAAUCAAUAAAAUGUUUUGAAGCAUA